AUUCUGAAGGAGACACUCUACAAGACUAUUUCACCACUAAAUAAUUUUUAAUCCAAAUAAAAAUAAAAGAUAUCAAAUAUAUCAUUUUGACUUCAAGGAAAUGCUCAUUCAAAUUAAAAGAAAAAGAACAAAGAACACAUUUUGUACAACAAGAAUCAACAAUAAAAACCGCAAAACAUUAAGUCCGUGAAUUGUUCCAAAAUUUCGCAAAAAAGUGUAAAAUUCUUCUCACUUAAAGUUUGAUACCCCCGCCAUUGCCGCCAUUAAAACUCUUGGUAGAAUUGAUAGAAACUAUUUUUCAUUUUUUCAAUAGUAAUUAAUUGUUUAACGUGUAAUCAAAUAACACAAAAUGGAAGAUAAAACAACUUUAAAGGAUCUAGAUCAAUGGAUUGAGCAACUGAACGAGUGUAAACAGCUAACGGAGAGCCAAGUUAAAAUCUUAUGCGAGAAGGCAAAAGAGAUUCUGGCAAAGGAAUCAAAUGUUCAAGAAGUAAAAUGUCCAGUGACAGUUUGCGGAGAUGUUCACGGUCAAUUUCACGACUUGAUGGAGCUUUUUCGGAUAGGUGGACGCUCACCAGAUACGAAUUACCUGUUUAUGGGCGAUUAUGUAGAUCGUGGCUACUAUUCGGUUGAAACUGUGACACUUCUGGUUGCUCUUAAGGUCCGCUAUCGUGAACGAAUCACUAUUCUUCGUGGUAAUCAUGAGUCGAGACAAAUCACUCAAGUUUAUGGCUUCUACGAUGAAUGUCUGCGCAAAUAUGGUAAUCCGAAUGUGUGGAAAUACUUUACUGAUCUUUUCGACUAUCUGCCCCUCACCGCCCUUGUUGAUGGACAAAUAUUCUGUUUGCAUGGAGGUUUGUCACCAUCGAUUGAUACAUUAGAUCACAUUAGGGCUUUAGACAGACUGCAGGAAGUGCCACAUGAAGGUCCCAUGUGUGACCUUUUGUGGAGCGAUCCAGAUGAUCGAGGUGGUUGGGGCAUUUCACCACGAGGGGCUGGUUAUACAUUUGGUCAGGAUAUUUCCGAAAUCUUUAAUCACACAAAUGGAUUGACACUAGUAUCACGUGCCCAUCAGUUGGUAAUGGAAGGCUACAAUUGGUGUCACGAACGUCACGUUGUCACAAUAUUCUCAGCGCCAAACUAUUGUUAUCGAUGCGGAAAUCAAGCAGCAUUAAUGGAAUUAGACGAUUCAUUGAAGUUUUCAUUCCUCCAAUUCGAUCCCGCCCCACGUCGUGGUGAACCGCACGUUACAAGAAGAACUCCAGAUUAUUUCCUCUAAGUUUGUUUGUCUUUUUGUCCAUGUUUUAUUACAAAACAAAAAAGUAACACUCACAUCUUAUUAAAAAAAUCCCAUCCUUCCUUCUUCGUAUGAACUUCUUAGUUUCUAUAAACAAAAAAAAAACUUCGUCGCAUCAUAACCAUUACUUAAAUUGAAAAUUAAAACAUAAAUGAGCGCGUCAUUGCAAAGGCAACAUUGAAAAACUAGCGAAAAAUUAAACGCUUUCUUAUCCUGUUAUUUCUAUUUACACUUUCCGCGCAACAAGAAUGUGUAAGAUUUAAAACAAAUAAUUCACUAAAGAUUUAAAAAAACAAAAAAAAAAUUAAAAAAAACCACUGAGAUCAAAGUAGUUGGAAUAAUGGAUAAAAAAAUAUAAUAAACGGAUCGACCACAGCAACAACUUCAUCAUCAAUCAACAAGUUAAGAAGAAAAUAAAAACAAUCAUCGAAAAAGAUGUUGAUUAUAGAAUUUAUGUACGGAAUGGACACGCAAUGAAAUGCAGAAUAAAAGAAAAAGUUUAAUUAAAGGAGACAAAAAUGUUGAGUGAAUUAUAAUUGAAAGGAGGAAACAAUUAAAUUAUAUUUCAUUAGUGCUGGAACAGUUGGGAAGAGAAAUUGAAAAAUAUUUGUCUUUAUUCUUGAUAUCUCUUAAAUAUUUUUUAUUCCUCAUUUUUUAAAUGCAUUUUUAUUUAUUUGUGUAAGUUUGGUACAAUAAUCCAAGAAAUGUGACAGAACACAAACAUAAGAUUUGCAAUUUAACUUGUGAGUUUAUUUUCAUGCAAAGCUCCAUUAAAGUAGAAAAGUUUUUAAGUCUAAUGAUUAGCGUACAUGCAAGGAAAUGAAUGAACUUUGAUCAUUGACACUUAACAACUUUUCUGAGUUAGAAGAAAAAUGUUAAAAAAGAAAAGUGAGAUUUUGUUGCAUUGAAAACACAAUUUGAAUUUUUAAAUAAAAGUAAAAAAUAAAUUAAUGGGAGUGGAAAGUCUUUUUGACCCAAUUAAUUAAUUAUUAACUGUCUUUUGAUAUAAAACAUUUUUAAAAGUAAUCACAUGAACAAAAAUGUCAGUCGUGGGAGUCAUUUAUUAUUUAUAUCUUGAUCCUUAUGCUUUUUUAUUGCAAAUCAAUUCACUGCUUUUUGCUGAUAACUCCCACAAUUCUCUCUGUUUUCUUUUCUCUGCUAUUACAUAAAUAAAUAAAUAAAAACAUGCAAAUGCAUAUAAGAUGCUGUGAAACGAGAGAAAAUGUAUUAAAUGAUUGAGAUGAAGAAGUCAUUAGAUAUCAAGAAAGCGUUUAAAUGAUUAAGAUGAGAAUUGAAUUUCGAGAUGAACUAUCAACUGAAGACUGAAAGGUCGGUUCGAAGGAGAAUGAAUAAGAGAUAAAAAAGGCUAUCAACCCACAAACAAAUGCAACACACUUUUUAUAAAUUUUAAAUUAUUUAUUUUAAAUGCUUUUUAAUUUCAUUCGUAACUUUUCUCUUUAUUCGUAUUUCUCCAUUGUGUUUCAAGCAGCAAAUAAUUUCCUUGCAUAAGAAAAGUGCAAAUGAGAAUGUCUAAGAAAAGAAAAAAUAUAAAUUUUCAUUCACUUCCUAUGGAAAUUAUAAUCAAUUCCAACAAACAUAAAAAAGUGUUGUCGAUAGAUAAACAAAAAAAAAGAAAAGAAUUAAAAUCAUAGCAGGAAAGUUAAGAUUCUUGUGUUUUAAAAAUUUGCCCUUAAUUUAAGUUGACAACUGGAGACAAACAAUUAAAAAAUGGAAAGAAUAAAAUACUGAAAAAUAAAUUUAAAAAAAU